AUGUCUAGAUACAGCGCCGCCUAUGCCAGUCCUAAGGGCCCUGGUGAUGCUCGCCCCACGGCACUUCAAGUGGUCGAGGACGAGGAAUUAGUCGGCAAGCUCACGGACAAGGUUGCUCUCGUAACGGGUGCCAACUCGGGCAUCGGCCUCGAGACGGCUCGCGCCCUUCAUGCAACCGGAGUCACUCUCUUCAUCACGGCCAGGGACGCGGCAAAGGCGCAGAAGGCCAUGGAUGAGAUCUUGAAUGGACCUGUCAAGUCUGGCGCGCCCAUUCACGCAAUUGAGAUGCGUUUGGAUUCCCUCAAAUCAGUGCGUGCGGCCGCCAAAGCCUUCCUCGCACAAAGCAACAAGCUCAACAUUCUCAUCCUUAAUGCCGGUAUUAUGGCCACCCCUGAUGAAAAGACUGAAGAUGGAUUCGAGCUUCAGUUCGGCACCAACCACGUUGGACACUUUCUUCUUUUCCAGCUACUUAAGCCUGCACUCCUAGCUAGUACCUCGCCUUCACUCCAAUCCCGCGUCGUCUCCGUUUCAUCCAUCGCUCACAACGAUGGUCCGAUCCGUUUUCACGAUCUCAACUUUGAGAAGGAACCGCACGACCCUUGGCUAGCAUAUGGACAAUCCAAGACGGCAAACAUCUACCUUGCCAACGAAAUCGAACGGCGUCACGGCGCAAAGGGCCUACAUGCUCUUUCCCUCCAUCCUGGUGUAAUUCCAACCAACCUUACCAAUCACUUGGACACAAGCGCCUGGGAAUCCUCCAUGACCGAGGAGGCCAAGAACGACCUCAAGAGCGUGCCUCAGGGAGCGGCUACCACCAUUUACGCUGCCCUGAGCAAAGAGUGGGAGGGUCGUGGCGGAAAGUAUCUCAGCAACUGUGCCGUGGAACCUCCUAUUCCUACCGACAGGACCUGGCGGGAAGGCGCAGCUGGAUAUGCCGCCUGGGUUUAUGACGAAGCCAGCGCCAGCAAACUUUGGGACAAGUCCAACGAGCUGGUGGGAUUCGAAGAAGAGUAA